CAGACGUGACAUCGAAAACGAUGUUCUAAAUUUAAAAUGGGCGCGAAAUUAUUUGCUCUUUCUUUUAUUUUUUUUAGUUCAUUUUUUAGCGUAGGACUUCAAACCAUCCAGCUUAGUAAAAAGUUAGUGGAAAAUGAUAGAAGGGGUAGUUUAGUGUUUGUUUUUGAUACUACAGGAUCCAUGUUCAAUGACUUGCGGCAGCUUAAAGCAGGGGCUGAGAUGAUCUUGAAGACAGCUCUUGAAGAGAGUCACGUUAUAGCUGAUUUUGUGUUUGUGCCUUUCCAUGAUCCAGGUGUUGGCCCAGCCACCGUCACCAAAGACAAGGAAGUCUUCAAGAAGGCAUUGGCUAGCAUCGGCCGAGUGUAUGGAGGUGGAAAUUGCCCUGAGAUGACCUUAAAGGGCAUACAGUUAGCUCUGAAUGUCAGUCGACCGCAUUCGUUCCUCUACGUGUUCACCGACGCUUCGGCGUACGACCACAAGCUGGUCGGGGAAGUGCUGGAUGCUGUACAGCGGCAGCAAAGUCAGGUUGUCUUCGUCCUAACGGGCCACUGCAAUGAUUUGAACAAACCGACUUACAGGGUGUAUCAUCAAAUCGCAACCGCUAGUUCAGGACAAGUGUUUAACCUGAACAAAACCAGCGUCCAUAAGGUGCUUGACUUUGUGCGAAGUUCUAUAAAGGGAAGGACAGUUAACCUCGCCUCUGCCGUCAACCCUCCAGGAUACAAUUAUACUCAAGAGAUUCCCGUGGACAAAUCAGUGGGUGAAGUAACUGUAUCGGUGUCUGGUGCCAAGCCUCAGAUCAGAGUCGUGAGUCCCAGCGGCGAGGAACUGACAGGUCCGCCGAGACUUGUCACCACGCUGGAUUUAUCUGAAAUUAUGAUAGUGAAAGUACUAAAGCCUGAGCCUGGAAAUUGGAGCAUCACUGUGGGGAGUGAGAAAGAACAUUCGGUAAGGGUGGUUGGCUUGUCCAACCUCACAUUUCAACAUGGCUUCUCUGUCCAACCACCUAAAUCUAUGGAUGAAAUCAGCUAUCGUCCAUUAAAAGGUACAUACAACCACAUGCUGAUAUCUUUGAACGGCACUGACGCUCCUCUACAUAUGGAUCAAAUACAGUUAGUGAGCAUGGGAGGCCAACCUUUGUUUGAAGUGCCAUUAAAGGAAUUGGAUAGAGAGAGAAAGAUAUACCAGGCGGAUGCCUUUAUACCGCCUGAUGAGUUCUUUAACAUAGCUGUCAUCGGUCAUGACGACAAUGGGCAAGAAAUCCGCAGAAUAGGUCCCACUGCGGUGCAAGCUAAGCCUCCAGAUGCUCCGUACAUAGUGGUAACGAAAAAGGUGGAGGCGCGUGCACACACACAGGUUAAACUUAUGUGUCACAUUGAGAGUUUGGUGCCGCUGUCGGCCGGGUGGACCAAAGACGGCGUACAGCUGCAGUCGAUGAUCCACACUUUACAGAGCACUUCUAUGGAAUACGUGAUAGAAGACAUGGUGGAAGGAUAUGUGGGAGCAUAUCAAUGCGUCGCCAGUAACGCUGCUGGGACCUCCAGGAGCACAACUAUUCUGGAUAUGAUUGUCGACCCGCCUCAAGUGUCUUUAUCACCGGAGAAUAUAACACUGAUAGAAGACGAUACACUUACCUUGUCUUGCUCUGUGUUCAGCGAGGCACUGUUAAAGCGCACUCAGAUCCUUUUUAACGGGACCCUACAGAGUUACGCGAGUGAAAUCGAUUUUGAGCCCUCCAUCGACGGAUUCUACAUGUCCAGGAAAACCAUUCCACACUUGAGGGCCAGACACAGCGGGAUAUAUACGUGCGUUGCUGCCAAUAGGGGUGGUACUACAAACCAAUCAUCAUACAUUACAGUACAAAUGAAACCUACCGCCAAAAUUCUGGGCGAACAUACAAUAAACAAAGAGAUAAAUACAGAUGUACAAUUAACUUGUGAUGUAGAAAAUGCUGCAAAAGUAAAAUGGUUAAAUAUAAAUAAUAGUAUAGUUCUGGAACAUGACAUAAAUGGAAGUUAUUCUGCUGUUUUGGAUGUUAAGAAUGUAACUGAGGAUGGUGUUUGGACGUGUAUUGCUCUAAAGAAAUCUCUCAAAGCAUCCGCUACUGUGAAUCUAACAGUAGUAAUCGAACCUCGAGUAAUAAUCGAUGGUCCAAAGAACAGAACAAUACUAAAUGGUACAAUACAAGAAAUAACAUGCACGGUUAUUGCGAAGCCACCCCCUGUAAUAACAUGGCUUGCGGAACCGGAAUGGAUUUUGUCUAAUACUGUUAAGCUAUCGAAUCCAGAAACAAACUUCUAUAAAAGCAUUCUAACUCUGGAUAGUACUAAGAAACCUGUCAACGGCACAUAUUUUUGUAUUGGACAAAAUUCAGAAGGUGUGAAUAAAGAAAACAUUACAGUUAAAGUGAGAAGAAAGAUGACUCUACUUCAAGGAUUUUCAGAUACGUCAGUAGGACUAUAUUCACAAAUUGAUUUGCACUGUUCAAUUGAUUCCGACCCAUUACCAAAUACCAUAACCUGGUACCACAAUGGGACUCGAUUACUAACAGAUGGUAGUAUUAAAGUAUCCGAUGAUAAUACCACAAUAAUGAUACAGAAAGUUAAUUUCGAUGAUUUGGGUAUGUACAUAUGUGAAGCUGAGAAUGGUUACGAGAAGAUGACGCUUAAUGGAACUUUAGGUGUUCAUGGAUUAGAAAGACCGAUAGUUGUUAAGAAAGUGGGAAAAAUUUCAACACUGAAAGGAGAAUCGCCUAAAAUGACAUGUAGAGUCGCGAAAGGCAACCCGGAACCAAGUAUAAAAUGGCAAUUCAAAUCGAAUGUAAACGCCAAUUUCGUAACAUUGCCACUAAACGUUAAUAUUACUGAAGAAAAUGGUAUUAUCAUAAAUAAAGCAACCGAGAACAAUGCAGGUCUAUACAAAUGUAUUGCGGAUAAUAUUAUCGGAAGCGAUGCGUAUGAAGUAGAAUUAGUUGUACAAUAUCCGCCAGAAUUUACCAUAUUACAAGAAACACAUUUAGAACAAGAAGGUCCUAAAGAGGUUAAAGCUGGAGACAAGUUUCAGUUAACUUGCAACGUUACUGGCAUUCCACCACCAAUCGUUACUUGGACUAGAGAUGGUCUGCCUGUAAUUUAUUCUAACAAUGUAUAUUUGAGCAACGAUAACAGCUUGGUAUUCGAAAACAUAACGAAAUUUGAAUCAGGAAUAUACACUUGCAAUGCCACUAGUAUUUUAGGAUUCGUUAUGAAGGAUUUUACUAUUGCUAUAUAUAGUUAUCCUGAAAUAGAUCAAUCCGGAUUUACAUCCGAAAUAGAAGUGAUAGAAGGACAACUAGUGGAACUGCCUUGCACCGCUCAAGGUGUUCCGACACCCGAGCUAAAAUGGCUUCAAAAUGGAGAAAUUGUAACGGAAUCUAGAAAGUACAUUGAUGAAUAUGGUUUGAGAUUUGUGGCAAAUCUAACUGAUUUUGGCGACUACACCUGCCUUGCAAGUAACGAUCAUGGGAAUGCGUCCAUAAACUACACUGUUUUAAUUUGGGUAUCACCAACUAUACAACCUCCAUUGGAAGUAUUCGAAGAAGUUCAAUCCGGUAACAAUUCAAGUCUAGAAUGCAACGCUGUCGGUUUUCCAAUACCGACUAUAACGUGGGCUUUUCGAGACGAGAUCUUGAAUAGUACAGCAGACUUGAGUUUUAAUGAUUCUGGAAAUCUAGUUAUCAGAAAUGUCAGUGCCAAAUACGAAGGUCCUUACAUUUGCAUCGCCGAAAACAUAGCUGGAAUAGCAAAGAAAACUUUCUAUGUCAGUAUUAGAGAGACACCCAGAAUCCUUGAAGACAAUUACACGGGACCCUACGUCGCGUUGAAUUUGGAUUCAGCUCUGAUCAUAUCGUGCAAAGCUGUAGGAAAUCCGAAGCCUUACGUCGCUUGGAUCAAAGACGGAUUUUAUUUGGAUUCAGAUAGCCGAUACGAUAUAGGCCCCGAUGGCACUUUGACAAUCAAGAACCUUACUGAAGAUCAGAGCGGAAUUUACACUUGUAUUGCCAAGAACAAUGUCGGAAACGCAACCAAGGACGUUCCUGUUAAGAUAUAUGCUGCGCCGAUUUUGAUACAAGACGAAGGGUUACCCACGGUCAUAAGAGCAGUGGAAGGAACGAACGCCAUGCUGCAGUGUCCUGUUCACGGAAACGAUUAUAAUGUCAAAUGGUAUAAGGACGCAGCGUUACUCUCCAACGGAUCACUAAACUUCACAAACGUGUCCCGCAUUAACGAAUCUACGUACACAUGCGUGGCUAGCAACGCUGCGGGUUCCGUACACACAAAAGUUGUGUUACAAGUACAGUGGCCACCUAAUUUUUUAAAUAACUCAAAUGUUAGUGUAGAAGUUGUGAAAGGAGAUGAUUUUUACAUGGACUGCAAGACUGACGCGAAACCAAGAGCUGAGACGAAAUGGCUGUUCAACUCCAAACUAUUACUCGGAGAAGACAAAGAUGUGUUAAAAUUAUCCAACAUGAAUUUAAGACACAGUGGCCUUUACAAAUGUAUCGCUAGUAAUAAUCAUGCGAUGAGGCAUAAACAGUUUAGUUUAAGUGUUUUGGAACCUCCUUUCAUAUCUGAUUACGAGGAACUGGAAGUUCAACUGCUGGCCGGCGUUAAUGCCACUCUCGAAUGUGACGCCAGAGGAUCACCCAAACCUAACAUUUCUUGGUCAUUUAAAAAUACAAAUUGGAUAGCCAAGAAUUAUUCCCUUGUUUCCACAAACGUCAGCACUCAAUCGGAAGGUACCUACCGAUGUGAGGCGAGGAAUAAAGCGGGAAUCGCUCAUUUGGUUUAUCGAGUGAAGGUCGUGUUCGGUGCAAAGAUAAACGAUAUUGUCGUGUAUCAGGAUGGAGUGGGGACAAAUGUGGUGAAGAAUUUGGAACUUGUGCAAAGUAAAAACACUAGAUUAGCAUGCCGAGCAUCUGGCAACCCGAAACCGACAAUUCAAUGGAUCAGACAUGGCAACACCGUAAGUGAAAACACUGACGGUAUCAACUAUGCAGAUCUUAUCUUAAACGAUAUAAGUGUAAGUCACGCAGGACCUUAUUCAUGUAUUGCUUCCAAUGAGGGAGGGAUUGCAGAGAGGAUUAUAAAAGUUAAUAUUUUGGAACCGCCACGCAUCUUCCAAACACUUUUCCAUAACGCAAACACAACACAAAAUGUGCUGGAACUAGAAGUUAUAUCUGGGCAAGCAUUCUACAUGCACUGCCAUCCAUAUGGGAAUCCGCUGCCAGAAGUGUAUUGGUUCAAAGACGGGCUGCCACUCAAAUUAUAUGAUGAUACAAUGGGUUCUAAGGAGUACGGUGAAGUAAUAGUUUCCAAAAGUGCGAAACAUGAGCAGUCGGGAAAUUAUACUUGCGUUGCGAGGAACAAAGUUGGUGAAACUAGUGUUGUAUAUUUGGUUGAUGUUUUGGUGCCCCCACCAUUACAAAAAGACAACAUAAAACAGGCGAACGCACUGCAAGGCACGAUGUUGAAUCUGACAUGUCCAGCUGAAGGACGUCCCACGCCGUUCGUGAUGUGGGUCAAACAUCCUUACACAGAGAUUGGCGAAUCCGAGAGAAUUCACUUGUUAAAUGAUAACUACACUUUGAUAAUACCAGACUCAGAUGUAUCCGACAGUGGUAAAUACUCUUGCAUCAUGUCAAACAAAGUGGGGACUACAGAACUAGUAUAUGACGUGACUAUAGAGAAACCUCCAUCUAUAGCGGGUAAUAUUGGUAACGAUACGGCGGAAGACCAUGUCGUACCGUUGAGAAGAAGUAUUGUAUUGAAGUGCGAGGUGGAUGGACAUCCUCAGCCAAAGAUCACCUGGUUUAAGGAUAUCCAACAACUAAGCAACAGCCUGCCCAACAUCCAGCGCGUGUUGGGCAACAGUUUGAUAGGACUGUGGAGUGUCAACGUUGGGGACGCGGGCCAGUACAUCUGUGUGGCAGAAAACGGUGUCGGCACUGCACACCGACGGUACAACAUUGCUGUGCAAGUACCGGGAAAGUGGAGCACGUGGUCUGCGUGGAGUUACUGCAACGCUACUUGCGGCGCGGGCUACCAGCAACGCACUAGGCUGUGUCAGUACAUCGGUGACAACAAUCAAGUGAUAGAUAAAAACAGUCAGCCCGAAAAAUUGAUCCUGGACGAAUCGGCUUGCAAGGGCCAGAGCAAAGACAGGCGGAAAUGUAAUAUGCCACCGUGUGAGGAAGAAGAACCCCUAGCAAAGUGGUCAACAUGGUCAAAAUGGUCGCGUUGCUCCGUCUCAUGCGGGACGGGCACACAGGCUCGCAGUCGACGCUGCAGGGGGAAGGUGCCUUGUGGAGGGGAUAAUGUACAGAUAAGAAAGUGUCCUAGGCUACCAAAGUGUCGGGAUAUUAAGCGACGUUCCGAAGAAACGCUCGAAGAAAUCCCCGAAGACAUUAGUAGCCAACCAGACCCAGAAUAUAUUCCUGAAGCUACAAUCGAGAUGCCCUCAGAAAGUCCAAAAACAUUGGUCGUGAAACAAGUUCCGAAAGAAGAAGACGAUUUUUAUAUUCCUUCAGAGAUAAUGAAGUCAUUCUACAAUGUCAUUGCGACUUAUAAUUUAGACGGCAGCGACAGGGGACCGUGCGAUCCAGGAUACAGACAUGAUAUUGAAAAGGACUCUUGUGAAGAUAUUGACGAAUGCCUGGUGGAGAAUAACCAGUGCCAUCUAACGCAAGUAUGUGGUAAUACUUUGGGUGGAUAUAUAUGCUCCUGUCCUGAAGGAUACGCAUCUUUAGGAGCAGGACAACGGUGCUUGGAUAUCAACGAGUGCACGCAGCGCACGCACGGAUGCGAGCACGCGUGCGUGAACGUUGCGGGCGGCUACGUGUGUGCGUGCCCCGAUCACUUGCGACUACACACGGACAGACACCGAUGUGUGACGCCGUCGACGUCUCUGAAACCCAAUUCAUAUGAAGAUAUGGAGGUCGACGAUUAUCUCGGCGCAUCCUUUGAAUACAACGUAGUAUCCUGAUCGUAGAAAAUAUUAGGUUCCUUAGUAUAUUUAGGAAGGUUUAAAUAUUGGGUAUUAGUAGUUGCAAUAAAGAUUAAUGA